CUGAGAGGAAGGUGAGCAGUCAACGUUGACGGUGUCAGCUGCUUUAUUCUGCUUCUUAUUAACCGAUUGCACCUAUAACCAACAUGGCAAACGGACACGUGGAAAUCCACAACCCCUUCUCCAACCACAACGGCAGCACAGACCGUAACCACAAAUCUACCUCGGACCCAGAAAGCAUGGAGGACACGGUGGAGUUCAGGCUCCUCAUGGCCUACGCAAAGAGGAGACUGCCUCAGAAAGAAUCUCCUCCACAGGACACACCCAGUUUAGUAUCGCUCUCACUUCAGACGCCCGAUGGGCCUGAAAAAGAGGAGAAGAAGAAGAACAAGAAGAGGAGGAUGAUAAGAUGGCGUAGAAACAUUCUCAGCUGUAUCAAACCAAAGACCAAAGACGAAGAACUGCCGUGCCAGAUGAUUUCACCGUCGGUUGACGUUGACGACAGAUGCGGUGAUUUGAUAAUAGCUAAAGCAACAGAAGAGGAAAGGGAAGAGGAUAAGUUGAAUGAGGCGGCAAAGACACUGACGGAGAUCGCUGAUGAUAUCCCGUUCAUUCGUCCCAGCAUCGAGACGGACGCGCCAGAAGAUGUAGAUGAGAACGUGGAGAAACUGAUAGGCCUGCUGCUGAGGGGCGCUGGUGACCGACUGAACGAGUCGGAGCUGAAAGACGCGAAUAUCUCCACGGAGCUGUUUCUGAACUACAGUUUCUUUAAGCUGCUGAUGACGACUCUUCUUAAGAAGAUGGGCCUCAUGUGCUCCGACCCCGAAUCCCCGGGGCCCAAAGCUUCACCCAAAGCCCAGAUCGCCGUCGCUUGUGAGGUCACCAGCCGCCUGUACGCGGUGAACACGCUGCCAAGAAACCGACUGCUGGACCACGGAGCCAGAUACCUGCAGAAUUACUACUCCUCCUGGGCCCAGCAGCAGGGCGGAUAUGAGGACGCCUUCUACAGUGAAGACGAGGACGACAUUCAGUGAGCAGACUGAAAGUUUGAGCCUCCUGAAAGACUCGGGACCGUUUUCUGUUCAGUUUACACGCAAAUGAAACCCUGACCUGACGAGCAGCAACACACCUGCACCCGCAUGCGUCAGAAUCACAUUAAAAUGUCUUUAUGAGAGAUAAUUAUAUCGUUCAGGUUUCUUUUGUGCCAGUUGUUCUAACAAGGACCCAAAGCCGUAGACAAAACUAUUUUUGUGACAUUGAUGUCAACCUUUGUAUGUGAUUUCAUAAAUGAAAUGUACAUAAUUGUGUUUUCUCAGGGUAAUAAAGGGAUGCGAUACUAAUUUUUAAAUCAGCAUUAAUUGUGCUGAAGUUUGGUGCACAAUAAGAACAUGAAAUGUCUUAAAAUAAUGUAUAUUUUUACACUUGCACUUUUUCCAUGAAAAUUAAGUAAAUUGUUUGCUUCAAGAGUGAAUGAAGGAAACACCACGUGGUUUGUGUUUUUUUGUUAAUGUUUGUCAAAAUGUGCGGAUGAAUUUGUGUGUGUGUGUGUGUGUGUUUUUUUAAUUUUUCUACUCAAAUAUGUGUAAUUAACAAAAAAAUAAACUAGGCAUUGUAAUUUAA